AUCACACACCGGACCAUAUAUAAACAGGCUGCAAUGUUAGCAAGCCGAAUCAGUUGUCGUGAACUUGCUGUGCGAAUUUUACUUAGACCCAAGAAGUUGCCAAGAUGAAAUUUCUCGUUUUAUUGGCCGUGAUUGGUGUUGCCGCUGCAACUUACACCAUUAAAACCCACGACGAUUUGAUCAAAACCCGUGGUCUUUGCGUCAAGGAGUUAAAUGUUCCCGACAACUAUGUGGAGAAGUUCAAGAAAUGGGACUUCCAGGACGACGAGACGACCCGGUGCUACAUUAAGUGUGUCCUCAACAAGAUGGAAUUGUUCGAUACUGCCAAUGGAUUCAACGUUGAAAACUUGGUAGAGCAACUUGGCCAAAAUAAGGAUAAGACCGAAGUCCGCACAGAAGUUACUAAGUGCAGUGACAAGAAUGAACAAAAGUCUGACGAUUGCACUUGGGCCUACCGUGGAUUUAAGUGUUUCCUUUCCAAGCAUUUACAAUUGGUUCAAAGCAGUGUAAAGUCCUAAAGAGAUCAUGUUGAAUAAUAUUCGGUGAUAUUCAAGGAGAAGAACAUGUGAAAUAUAAAAGUUUUCAAAUUUACAGAUUUAUCGUUUUUACUCGCUGAAUCCUGGAACACUGGUGAUCCUCAUAAUCUUUGCAUUACUACCGACACAAACUACAAUAAAGCCAUUGCAGAUCGUUCUAAAACACUCAAAACUCUUAAAAACUAGUUUGGAGCGGAUCACCAAAAUUCUAAAAGAAGCGCUUCCCAAAAUUAAGUUUUCUUCAGAGUGAAUGGGUUGCGUGAGGGUAAUUUCUUCUUCUUUUCAUCCCGACAGUUCCUGCAAAAUGAUGCGCUUGCGAAAACAAUAUAAACCAUAUGAAUAAA